AUGGACUUGAGCGACGUAGGGCGUCUUGGCGCACUUCAACUUCUCCGCAAGCAGUCUCCUGAGUCUGUCGUCACCUCAUACCCCAUCGACGACGAAGAAAUCACCAUCGGUCGCGACCAAUCGUGUUCCCUCCGUCUCUACUACCCCGCCGUGUCCGCCGUCCACGCAAAGAUUACCUUUGUUGACCGCAAGGCGUUCCUUGUUAUCAUCGGCACCAAUGGCGUGCUACUCGACGACGAGCCGAUGUUCCCUGCCCCAGCAAACGCACACGGCCCAACCACGGUGCCUCUCCAGAACAACUCUGUCAUCGAGAUACACAAGAAGCGGUUCCGCUUCAUAUACCCUCCAAAGCACCUUCGCUCUGCCCUCAUCAAUACGCCCACGCAGAUGACUCCCGCGGGCGAGCGACGUCCGUUACGCCUCUCGAUGAUCGCAACUGCACAGGUUUUUACACCACGUCCAAGUCACGACCCCCAAGAGAACCUUCGUGUCCUGCAGACACCUCUGCGCACUCCCUUUGCUCAAGAGUUGGAAGAGAUUGUCCUCGUCCAAAGCAAUACCCCGCGCGUGGUCGAAGAGGAGAAGGACCUCGUCAUUCUGGAUGAGGUCGAGCCUGAGCCCGUCCUCCCUCUUCCCCUCCCUAUGAUGCCCCAAUACCCUGCGACUCCUGUUCGGCGCCCUCGAGCGUCUCUUCAUCGCGCUGUACUCAUUCGUUCUGCACAACGCGCAGUGCUGCAGCGUGAAAUUCAGCGUGAGGAGGAAGAGCAGGAGGCGGAAGAGGUCGAGGAUGUCAUUGACGCGAUUGCGGAAGAGAGUGACGAAGACGUGCAAGAGAUACCCCCACCGGAGGGUCAUCAGCAAGUUUCUGGAUGGCGCAAGAGCUUGGACGCGGUCAAGGGCAGCCUUGGCUGGGCCUUCCGCGGCCUUUCCGUAGAGCCGAAGGAGGAAGAGGAAGAACCAACGCUUGACGAAGAGUUUGCACAUGAUAUCACAGACGGACAGGAUGAAGAGAUGGUUGAAGAGAUUGACUACAACUACGAACAACCUGAAGAAGACUAUCAGGAACAAGAGAACGAAUACGAGUACCAAGACGAACGAGACGAUACCCUGAUAGCCGAGCCCCCUCGCCCCCUCGGCCAGUUCAUGACUCCCCAGAUACCAUGGACUUCCCAGCGACCGCGUCUUUCUCUAGGCGUCGGGGCUGCACCUGACUCGGGCCCGCGCCGCGUGCGCGUUGUUGCCCCAUGGAAGGUCAACGAGAUCCAGGUCCCCGCGAUCAAGGAGGAAGAUUCCCAAGCUCCUUCUGCAAGUGGGCCUACUCCAUUGUCAACGCCCCGCUCCCUAGUGAAGAGGGAAAAGGUGACAGAAGAAGAACGUGAGGCCAUCCGCGCGCGGAGACGUUCCGCCCUCGCGACCCCUGACAACUUCUUCAAAGGCCAGACCCCCGGCUCCCGACGUACCCUCUUCCCCUCGCUCGCGCCCCUCCCCUCCCCCAGCUUCGGCCAGCCCGCAUCGUCCUCGUCGUCCGCCUCCGUCGAGAGCAUGUUGGCAGCGUCCACGUCCACGUCUUCGACCGCCUCCACCACAACAAUCAAUGUGAAGGAAGAAGAAGAAAAGGAGGACACCGCCGUCCUCCUCGCUCGUAUGAAGCAGAUGGUGGAGGGCGUAAAGCAGCGCCAGAGCCUCGGCCGGCAGAGCCUCAGCCUCAGCCCGCGCAAGCGCGAAGGUGGCUUUUCCCUCCUUGCACCCGACCACGCCCGCCCACACCGGCCGUCGCACAUCCUCCUCGAGGAGGAAGACGAGGGGGACGGCAGCACACACAUGGACGAGGGGCAGGAGCAGGAGUCCGAGCGUCCCGCGCAUGGACAGAACGCUCCUGCGCCGGCGACCCCGCAUAUGGCCGACCUGCGUCAUGUCUUCGGGCGCCCGCGCGGGGAGUCGCAGACUACACCAGUCCUCGCGGGUGUGCGCGAGAUGUUCCGCCCCCAACCGCAACGGCCGGAGACGCCGCGCAUGGACGGCAUGCAGGAGAUACUCAGCACUCCGGCGGCUUACCGCGCGCCUGCUAUCACAGAGGAUGGACAGGAAGAGGAAGAUGUCCACGAAGAGGAGCAGCCUGAGGAGCAGCAGGAAGAGCCUGUUGAGGAGCUCCCUGCGAAGAUCACACGAGGCAAGCGGGCGCCCGCGACUAGGAUCGCGCGCAAGGCUCCGACGCCCGUCCCGCAGUCUGCCCCGUCGAAGAGCACGCGUGCGGCUUCGCUGGCUCUGGACCAAUCGGAGCCCGAGGGUCGGACCGCAAGGAGGACUAGGGCGCGUACGGCAGAUGGUGCCGUGGGGCAGAUUCCACGCGCAACCCGAGGCAAAGCGGCAGCGAAGCCCGUUACUCCUGAACCCAAGGAGGACGAGGACGAGCCCGAAUCUCUGCCGACCCGAGCUGGACGUCGUACCCGCACCACGACGGACUCGUCGACUACUUCCAUCACAGAUGAUGCGGACACAAAGCCCCCUGCUCGCAAGACACGCGCGAAGACCCCGACCCCUGCAACGGCCACAAAGGCCGGCACCACACGGCGCGGGACACGCGCCAAACCGAUCGAGGUCAACGAGGAAGAGGAUGACGACCCUCUCGACUCCCUACCUCGGGAGCGCGCCACUAGCAACACCAGCGAGCACACCAAAGGUCGCCGCGGGGCGCGCAGUAAGUCCUCUGUGAAGCAGGAAGAGACCGAAGACGUUGUUCCUCCCCUUCCCACUGCCGAGACAGACGCCCCGCGCACUACCCGUGGAAGGCGUACCCCUGUCCCGAGGACCACUCCUGUGCCUACGACUGGUCGUGGCAUCGGGGCGACGCGUACGCGAGGGGCUGCUGCCGCAUCGAGUGCGGUGGUCGAGGCGGCAAUCCCAGAGGACAAGGAGAACACUCCCGAGUCGAAUGGGGACGACGAUGGAGAGGAGGGCAAGGCUGCUCCGAGCACGAAGGCGCGCAAGGGCACUCGCUCUGCUGCCGCUGGGAGGUCCGCAGGGAAGAACGCUGUAGCUUCGUCCGAUGCAUCUGAGGAGCCUACGGCUGCAGUACCACCUGCGGCGACGAAAACGAGGGCAAGCCGGGCGAGGGCCGCUAAAGCUUGAGGCUUGUGUUGCAUGCGGUUCUGGCUGUGGCUCUUGUAGGUCGGCGAGGUUGUGUUGUCUGAAUUAUUUAUUACGUGGAAUCUGCUUGUAUUGCUGUACUCUGAAUUGGUAUUCCUGUCUUUGCAGCACGG